AUGAGCAACAACUCGACCAGCAGUAGCAAUGGAGGGAACGCCAACUCUGGUGGAACCAAGGGGUGGUUUGAAGGAACCAUGGAGGUGAUAUCUGGAAUGGAGGUGAUCUCCAGCUUGGCUCCUCGUCCUAGCACUCCUGUCAACGGUAGCGUCACCAAGAAGAAAAAGCGCCCUGGCAGCAGCAACAACAACAAUGCCCGUGGUUCCAUGUCAGCUCCUAGUUCUCCUGCUAGAUCCACUUCUGGAUUUUUCCCAAUGAUCAAUCGGUUGCCAUCACAAGAUUCUAUUGACCGCAGCAUUCACAACGACACCAACUCGACACAUGGAAAGUCUGCCUCACAAAUCAUUCGAGAAUUGAAACAGUCUAAUGCGGCCUUGUCCGCCAAAACAGCCACGAUGGAAGCUGACUUUAUGAAUCAACUGAAUCAUCAAACUCGUCAAGGAGAUGAACGCCACAAAAGACUAGAAGAAACCAUCCGAAAGAGUGAAAAGCUGCUCAAUUCCAUUGAAAGUCGCUGUAAGAAUGCGGAACAAACCUUGGUCGAGAGAGAAGAGCAGCUGACCAAACUCCGCGAAGAAAGUGCAUUCCAGAGGCACACCAUUUCGGAUCUCAAGAACCAACUCCAUCAGAUGGAACUGGAACAAGAAGAAUCGGCGUAUGGAAAGCGAGAUGACUCGGACAAGUGGAAGUCAGACAAAAUUUUCAUGGAACAGGAAAUGGAGGAUCUACGGGCGCAAGUCCAGGACAGCCAAGUCCUGCAGCAAGAAGUGGAUCGCCUCAACCACAAACUAGAAGAUAUGAAGGCGGCAUCGCAUGCAAACAACCUGUCUGGUAUAUCAGCGGGUGACGACGAAAGCGUGCAGUCGCAGUUGGGCAACUCGCAGCGAUCCUCCUACACUAAUCGGAGUUUUAUGAAGCAAAGUCUGCCUCAAACACGUGAGAUUUUGAAAAAGACCAAGCAUCGAUUGUCCGUGACGGAAGCAGCACUAGAUAUCCUUAAGCAGGAACGGGCUCGCAUGAUGCAUGAACACCAACUGGAAGUCGAAGACCUUCAACAGCAUUUGGAGGCCACCGAAGAGGCUCACCAUCAGCUAACAGAAAAUAUGAAGCAGACGAUCCAGCAACUGGAACAACAGCAACAGCAGAGGGGAAGCAGCGAGGAAGUGAACUCCAGCGUUGACUUGACCCGCUAUAGCAACAGUGCCGAACAGGAUAACCUCAGGUCUCAGCUCAUGGACUCCAAUCGCAAUAUUGGAGUCUUGCAAGAACAGCUGCGACAGGCUACAGAAAAGGUCAACGAUUUGGCAUCGAAGCUAGACAAGGUGAAGAAAGAUGCGAAUAACCAAGAACAGUACCGUGCGGAUGAAGCAGAAGACUUGCGAGUUCUUCACGAUGCUCAAGAGGAGGAGAUUGGCCGCCUACGCAAGGCACUUGAUGACAUCAACCGCGAGCUGGAAUUGCGCGAUGAAGAGCUGGAAGAGCAGAAGAUUGCUCUCACAGCGGCUGAAAAGGCUCGAAGGGAUGCCGAGGAAGCACAAACUGAAGCUCCCGUGGAAGCCAAGACAAGUACACCGCCUGCGGAAUCUGUAGAUCCCCAGUUGGUGGCCAACCUGAAGGAGCGUCUGCGAUCUUCGGAAGAUGCCAUUGAGAGAUUGGAAACGGAGUGUGACAGAACGCGCAAGGAGCAUCAUGACCGAGUGGAGCACUUGGAGACAGUCCUCCAUGAAGUCACAGAAGGAAAGGAAUACGCUGAAGAGCAGUUGGCUCAACUAUCUGCUGUUCUUGUUGUUGAUGAUGGCCUGACUUCUCGUGGUGACUUCGAUAGUAACAUGGGCCCAAGUGAUGAAUUGGGUGUCCUGCACGAGGAUGGCACCGCUGCAGACUUGUCAACUAUGCUGCGCAAUGUCGAGAAACUUCAAGAAAAUGAGAGGAAGGCUGUAGCACGUGCCAAAGAGCUAGAAUACGUGCAGGCUGAGUUGGAAGAGUUGCGAAAUUCACGCCAGACUGAAACGCAAGAACUGGAAGAAUUGGUGGCCCGUUUGAAGGAAUCUGAAGCCAAGCUGGCGUCGACGCGCGAUGGAGCUAUGGAAGAGUACCGGGCCGAAAUCCAGAAGUUGCGAGGACAGCUCAAGGCCAAGGAUUCUCAGCGCGUUUCAAAGCUGGAUGAACAGUUGCGAGAAGCACAGACCAGACUAAACGAGUUUGAAAACGAAAAGGCGACUAUGGCGGAAGCCUACAUGGAACGAAUCGGUCGUUUGGAGCUGGACAAGGAAAACGUCGAAGAAGAACUCGAAAAGCUGAAGAAUGAGAAGGCAAGUAUGACCGAAGAGCACAUGAUUGCUGUUCAGAAGCUGGAGGAAGACAAGAAGACGGGAGCAGCCGAGUUGGAGUCUCGCGAGAGUGAAAUCGCUCAGCUCAAGACGAACAUUGAUCAAAUCUGCUCUGCGAAAGAUAGCGCCAUGCAGAAGGUACAACAGUUGGAACAAGACAAGAACACAAUGGUCCGCCAACACGAGGAAGCAUUGUCAAAUCUACAAACUGAGAAGACGAGGGCGGCAGAAGAGUUCAUGUUUCAGUUGCAAACGAAGGAAGCUGAAAUCUCCGAUCUGCUGGUCAACAAUUCUUCAUCGUCGUCCGCUGGCGAACCCACAUCGGACUCUGAUCAAGUUGCGGUCCUGAAACAGGAAGUGGAGAAGCUUCAGAAACAGCUGUUGGAAGAACAAGUUGUGCAACAACAACGCCAACCAUCCUCGGCCGCCAAUCUGCAGAGCGGAGGCGCGUUGGAAUCGGAUCUACGCAAGCAGUUGGAAGCGUUGCGGAGGGAAAGAGAGCGAGAGAGUCGAACACUCAAGGAGAAGCUGGAGGAUAGGGAUACUACGAUAUCUGCGUUGGUGAAAUCAUCAGUGGUUCUGGAACAAAAGAUAUCAGACCUGUCUUUAGAACUUCAGACGGUGCGACAGAACCGAGACGUUGCGUCGGCGGCUUCACAAUCAUCCGCCAGCGCGAUUGAACAAGCUCAAGAUGACGUCUCUGAACUGCGUGAAGCUCUAGCUGACUACAAGGAGGUUGAAACGAGGUUGAUUCAUGAGCUUUCUCUGUCCAAGAAGCAGUUGAAAUUCGCUGAAUCUGAGAUAUCUCGUCUUCAAGAGAUCAUGGAUGAUGAAGUCAGUGUCGGGUCACACCACUAUCGACGCCAAAUCCAAGAACGGGACGACGCCGUGUCAGCGCUUGUUCAGCAGUCAAUGACCCAUGAGUCCACAGUACAAGAGCUGCAGAAGCGAUUGCAAAGGUCGGCCCAAGAGUUGGAGGCAAUGAGAGAAGAUAAGAAGCGCUCUUCGGUCCAAUUGAAAGCAGAACUUCGACGCCUUCACCAGGAGAGCGAGAUCUUUGCUGGGCAAAUCAUCGAGCAAGACGAAGAGUUGGAAGCCCUACGCGCGGAAAUCCACAAUCGAGAUGAGUCUAUCUCGGCUUUGAACAGACAGCUGACCGCUUCCAGAGGCCCAAGCUAUCGUCCCGGCAUGCUCACUCCAAAUGGCGAGUCACCUGAGGUGGUCAGUUUGAGUGCACAAAUUGAUGAGUUGGAAGAAGCAAACGAAACCUAUCGAACAGAACUAAGAGAGCUUCGUUUCAAGCUUAGAGACUUUGACAACAUCAGGAAUGAACUUGCUCGAACCAAAUACGAUCUUGAAGAAUUGGAGAGGAACUCGCAUGCCAUGGCUGGGCAGCGAGGAGAUCUUCAAGCAGCGCUGGCUGCCCGCGAAGAAGCAGAACAAAGGCUCGAGGAAGCGCUUGCUACCAGAGAUGCCAACAGUAAAGCAAUUGAUUUGUUGGCCAGAGAGAGGGAUGCACUUGUAGCCCAACGCGACAAGGUUAUCGAGGAACUGAGACGCAAUAUCGACGGCUGCACAAGUCAGAUUGAAGCCCUCGAGACUGAAAUUGACAACGUCCACGCUGAGCUUCGGCUGAAGAACCAAGCGCUGGAGGCGGCCGAAAAGAAGAUAUCCAGACUCGAAUCUCAGAAUCACACCAUGACCAUGGAUUAUUCGCGCUCCAUUGCAGGUGAUGCCCAGAGUGAAAACCAGAACUCUGCCCUGUUCGAGGAGAUCGAGGAUCUCCAGCAGCAAUUGAAGGACCUUGAGGCCGAGAACGAUAGGCUGUCAGCAUUCAAGGAGAAGAUGAAUGCUGCCGAAAAUCUCCAGAUGCAGUCUGGCAAGAUUGUCGAAGCGUACGAGCGGAAAUUGUCUCUCUUGACAUCGGACAAGGAUGCAACUAUAGAUUCACUUCAGAAGUCUUUGAUGUCAAUCAAAGGACAGGCAGCUGAGGACUUUGAAGCCAUGACCAGGGAUAUGAAGAAGUUUGAUCUGGAGAAUCAGACUUUGCGACAAGAAAUGCAAAAAGCCUUGGAGCAGAAGAACAACCAGAUCUUUGCAUUGGAGCACACCCUCGACGCUCAGGAGCAGCUGGUGGGCAACAUGAAAAACGAAAUGGACCACCUACAAGGCAGUAUGGUCAACACUGCCUCUAGUAGGCGAGAAGAGAUUGAAGAUAUGGAGAGGGAAGUCUUGGAUCUGACAACCAGGAACGCAGCUUUCGAGCGAGAGAUCACGGCACUCAAAAUGCAACUCGAAGAGAGCAAAUUGGUACACAUGGCUGAAGUCGCAAAGCUCAGGGAAUCGGUUGAUCGGCUCUCGCAGGAGUGUCGUUCUAGUCCGGAGGUGAAGCCGCGCAACCCCAUUGACGACUUCCCCAUUCACGAGGUCAAGGAGAGACUGGAGAAGCUACGCUGGCGUAACAACUCAAUUCAGGAAGAAAAUUUCAAGCUGAAGAGCCGCCUCGAAAAGGCUGAAGCGGAAAUUCAGUCCGCGAGAAACGAAAAGUACAGAACAGCAAAUCUCGAGGCCAAGGUGGGUGCAUUGACACGGCAGCUAGAGAAGCUCGAGAGGGAGAAUCAUGUGGCAAUGAAGGCAGCUAAGCUUGCAUCAUCAGCUGCGCAAAUGGAAGGAUCUCGUUCUGGUACUCCUCUUCGACAUGGUACCACUGGCUCAAUGUCGCAAGAGGCCCAGUCACAGGCGAGUUCAAGAUCUGGGUCGAGGCAGGGUACUCCUCAACGGAAGCGAACGCCGCUUCGACCCAGACCAAACGCUCAGAAACAGCAAUCGGCUCCCGAUACGCCAAGUCGGUUGAGGGGGCUGCUAAGAUUUCCUUCCUCGAGGAAGAAGGAUCGCGAUCGAGAGAAUGUCAGUCUCCCUCAACCUCAGCCUAAGACUUACCUGGUUCCACCUUCCAAUGCUCCCUCAACUCCUCAAAGCGAGAGAAUUAUUCUAGCACCACCCAUGAGCGCAAAAUCAAUUCAAUCUGCAAAAUGA